CAGAAGUUCUCCGGCAUGGAACUAGAAGAUGGAAGAGUUUCGAAGACAAUACAGCACCUUCUAUAUCCUCUUGUGCAUCACGGGAUUGUCGCCUUUCAACAAAUCGAUCCUCGCAAAGAUUCAAAGAACAAUUAUCGCCAUCUUCUUAUUCUGCUGUAUCAUAAUGCAGUUCUCGUUGCUAAUUAUGACUGAACUUACAUUGACUAAUAUAUUAAUGACAUUAUCGACCGGCUGUCCCAUGCUGUUGUUCUUUUUCCGAUACGUUGGUUUCAUCUACAGUUUUGCAGUUAUGGGAUUUGUCUAUGAGAACAUAAGUAUUGAUUGCAGUACGCUGAAAAAUCCGUCCGAACUGGAUAUAUUGAUGAGUCAUAUUCAUGCUUCCAGACGUGCAAUCCUUAUCUACUUACGUAAGACGAUUAAUAAUCACAUUAAUUUAGGAGCUUCAAGAAGCAUUGUAGUGGUGUGUUGUUUUGCAAUCUUUCUCAUCGCUGUGGUAUUAUUUUGCCCAUCGAUGCUUAACUUCCUGAUACCCAAGAACGAAACUCAGCCUCACUACUUGAAAGCCGUCGGAUUUUUAAUCGACGACGGAUACAUUACUCCGAUAUCCGUGUACGUCAUAAUAACGUUCACCAUUGGAUUAUUGACAGUAACGGUCACGGAGGCAACGCUCUCUAUUUUCGCAUACUACGUAUGCGGACUGUUUAAAAUUGCUAGUUACCGUAUACAAAAGGUGAUCGAUAACGCAGCCCGGGAGAUGUCGGCUACGAAAUGCAAUGUAUCGUAUCACAGCGGCAUUCGCGAGGCUGUGGCUAUACAUAGAAGAACUAUUAAUAUUAUCGACGUAGGAGUGAACGGGACAACAUUGGCCUACUUAAUAGCUAUUAUCUUGGUUGUCAUAUCGUUUGGAUUAAAUAUGUACCGUUCUUUUCUAGCGAUCGUGGAUGUGAAGGAUCCCUUGGAGAUUGCUGUUGCAAUCAUGAUAGUUUCCGUUCACCUGGUAAUCAUGUUCUUGAAUAACCACAGCGGACAAAAAAUAAUGAACGACAGCGUGAGCGUUUUUAACGAUACAUACAACACCCUAUGGUAUCGUACGCCGGUGGGUAUGCAGAAGAUGCUUUUAAUGAUAAUGGUUAGAAGUUCGAUCGUGUGUGAGUGUAAUCUUUCUGGUUUAUUCGUUCCGUGCUACGAAGGAUUUUCUAUGAUGAUGAGUACGUCCUUCUCAUAUUUCACUCUACUGUAUUCGGUCCAGUAAAGUGUUUAGCAGCAACGAUUAUGGCAUUAGUUAUCGCAAAGUAACGGCACUUACCUACCUUCAACGAUUAUGAGAAGAUGUCACGUGAUGCAGAAUGUGUUGUAAUAACGUUUAACUCCUCUGCAAGUAACGUAUCAGUAACAAUAAGAACGUACGCUAUUACGUAAGAUUACCAAUUGUCUAAUUAUUUGUAAUUUAACAUUAAGAGCUCAUAUGUACGACGUGGAUUAUGUAAAGAGUCCGUGUCGAGUCAUGGGUAAGCAUGCGCACAUGUAAAUAUCAGUCCAAUUGUAAAUAAUUCAACGCAAGUGGAAAAACCAUUGUGGAUGACGUCGAAAUGAUUAAUUAGAUAAUAAGACUCCCCAUUCGUUGGUUUCGAAAAUAUAAUCCCGGGUCACGGAUAUCGAAUCACUUUUGAUUAUCCGAGGCCUCUUCAUUAUUACUUUAUAAAAUAAAUAGCACCUCUUC